AUGGUCAAGCGAACACUUCAGAGCCGCAGUGAUGAUAUUCAUGUCACUUGCCACAAGCCUGCACCAUUCACUUUGUCGCGCACUCCAUUUAAAUCCUCAGGACACACCAUGAACCUCAAAAAGCGCAACUCCAAUGGACCAAACACCCGCAGCGCUGCUCAUGAGCUGAACCGAGGAGGAUCUAAGUCAACAAAGUCAGCAACUCUGCGGUCUUUGAAGGACAGGCUAUGA